CAAGGAGAUCUCGGUGGUCGUGCACUUCAAGAAGGAGACGACUUCGAAUGGACGGUCAAGAUCGAUUUGUGGUCGGCAGAGUACACAUGUACAAUGAAGUGGAAUACAAAGAGGAAGAGGUUCGAGGCGUUUAAGAUGGCAGCUCGGAACAAAGAUGCUAAGUUCUUUGAGUCUGAUGAGAGUAGUGAAGAAGAUGAGGUUGAUGAGAAGGAUAAGAAGAAGAAGAAGAAGAAGAAGAAGUUGUAUUUGAAAGAUGUUCAAGCACAACAUUUGCUUGAGGAAGGUCCUGAGUUUGUUGAGGAAGAUGAGGAGAGGAAGGUUAGGACUUACGCUGAGCAGCAGGGCGAGUUGAGGAGAGCUGUUACGGAUGCUUUGGAAGCUGGAGGGAAUGAGAGUGAUGGAGAUGAUGAUUUUUUGAGAGUUGUGGAGAAGGAAGGAGAUGAUGAUGUGGAGGUUGAUCAGGAGUUAGCUAAGAAAAUUGAUGAGUAUUUUGGUGAAGAAGCUGAGGUUGUUGAGAAUCAGUUUUUGAAAGAUUAUUUGGUGAAACAAUUGUGGAAGGAGAAAGAGGAGAAGAUUAUAGAUAAAGCAGAGUUGAAGGAGUUGAGUGAGGAUGAGCAAGCUGUUUGGGAUCAGGAGGAUUUUGAGGCAGGAAGACCGUUGGAGAGAAGCUAUAGGCAUGAAGAGAAUGCUGGGGACAUCGUUAUGGGUCAGUCUAGGGUUGUGGAAGGGUCGGUGAGGAAGAAGGAUAACGCGAGGAAGGUGCAGAGGAAGAGUAAAGAGGAGAGAAUGAAGAUGGCUGAGAUUGAGAGGAAAGAGGAGUUGAAGCGGUUGAAGAAUGUUAAGAAGAAGGAGAUGAAGGAGAAGAUGAAGAAGGUGCUUUCUGUUGCUGGUUUUAAGGAUGGAGAAGAAUGUCCGUUAGAUGCGAAAGAUUUUGAUGAUGAGUUUGAUCCGGAGGAGACAGGUGGUUCCUCCGACUGCUUCAUUUGCUCCUACUGCUGAGGUUCAUGAUCUACAGGAGCCUUUACCUAUUU